AAGGCGGACACUGAUUGGUUGUGUGGGUCUGCUACUCCAACUGGCUGUCCUUCAGUCGGCCACAACGUUCCACUCUGUCAAGUCUGUCAGCAGUUUGUGUGUCUCCUUAGAAGCUAGUAUGGUAUAACUUUCGAACUCCUUUAACUUACGAAUAUUUAUCGCAGUUCGUUUAGUCAGAGAAGAGGGUAUAGAAGGUAGAAAAAACUAUGUUCUGAGUGAGUGUCCCAAACAACACCUGCGGCCUAGUAGCCACGAGCUAGCUAGCAAACUUGACAUUUAGUAGAGUUACUUCUGGGAAAAUCUUAUCUGAUGAUCCAACCUGUCCACUGCUGGUAAGUGCCCACAGGAGUCCACAACAUCACAAUGACCUCUCAAGAUGGAGAGGGAGCUGGAGGAUUUAACCUUUCAUCCCACCUGCACACCGAUGAGUGCAAUGAGCUCAUAAACCGCCUGAAACAGUGCCACACAGAGCACAAUUUCUUGAAGUUCUUCGGAACGUGCAACGACAUCGACCACGCCAUGCGUCACUGCCUGCACAAUGAGAGGCUGGAAAAGCGGGAGCGCAGCAAACAGCAUGCAGAAACCAUGAGAAAGCGGCUGAAAGAAGCAUCCAAGGAGCAUUCCUCAUAGACAUUUUAUUGGCAACCUUCAUCCAGGUGCGCUGUUGUGCUCAAAUAUGCAGAUGGAACACAGAACUGAGCACGUUGUAUUAUUUUGGGGAUUUAGCCGUAAAGAAAAUUGGUCACUGUCUUACAGAAGUUAGCCUUAACACAAUAUACAGGAAAUAUAUGGUAAGGGUUUGUAUGCAACCUUUGCUCUUAUUAUAUUUUUGGUUUGCAAAAUGUAACCUUGAGCAAGUUGCAAACAGGGCUUCACGGUGGCAGAGGGGUUAGUGCGUCUGCCGCACAAUACGAAGGUCCUGCAGUCCUGGGUUCAAAUCCAGGCUCGGGAUCUUUCUGUGUGGAGUUUGCAUGUUCUCCCCGUGAAUGCGUGGGUUCCCUCCGGGUACUCCGGCUUCCUCCCACUUCCAAAGACAUGCACCUGGGGAUAGGUUGAUUGGCAACACUAAAUUGGCCCUAGUGUGUGAAUGUGAGUGUGAAUGUUGUCUGUCUAUCUGUGUUGGCCCUGCGAUGACGUGGCGACUUGUUCAGGGUGUACCCCGCCUUCCGCCCGAUUGUAGCUGAGAUAGGCGCCAGCGCCCCCCGCGACCCCGAAAGGGAAUAAGCGGUAGAAAAUGGAUGGAAGUUGCAAACAACCUCUUUAAUUUUUGGUGAAAGUUGAGAGACACACAGCCAAAGUUAAUGUGUGCCACAGAUGACGGCCUACUCCUACAUUAACUCAACAAUCAAAAGAUUAUAUCUCAUCUGUAAACAUUUAAACAUGUAUCAAGACUUUGAUUUUUAGGCUACUAAAUUAAUCUCACACAACACAUAAGGUACAUUUGCACAACUAAUUGUGAUGCAAUACAAUAGCUGUAAGCAAAUAUUCUGCCUCUACAAAGUUUGGAUUGAUACAAUAUGUUUAUGAUAGUGGUUUUAGUUUGCAGUGGGAUUAAAAUGGUGGAUGUAUUUCAAACAUGGAUUGAAAUCAGAAUUACAAAAAGCAGGACUCUUAUAUGAGUGGAUGGGGAAUGAUAUUGAUUUGUUUCAUUAUUUUUAAAAUAAAAUGUGUUACAAUAAUA